CCUACAUGCUCUCUUAAUACUCACCAACAGCUCUUCAUCGCAUCUCCAUAUCGUUAACGAAUCAAACCCCACCUCUAAUUUCCUUGAAAAAUAAAUCAUAAAAGGAAAGUUAAAAAAGCCAAAAAAAAGGCAGCAAAAAAAAAGGGAACCUUUAUGCAUCACAAAACAAGAAGCAACGAUCCCCAUUCCUCCAUCCGGCCCAUCAUCAAAUGAGGCCCGGAGAUUUUCUAGCCCUCACCAACUUACCCAUCCUUCACUUAAUCCCGCCAUUAAAUGCCUCUCUCUCGCGCAAUAUCUCGGACACCUCAACUGCAUACACUUUUUCUAGGGUUUUUUCUUCCCGAGACCGCAAAACCCUAGCUUCGACCGCAAUGUCUCGCGAAAACGCCGUGAUUAGGGAUCGGGAAUCGCUCGAGAGGAAGACGGCGGCGAUUCGAAGCGCCGGCGCGAGCAAGCUGCAGGUGAUUGCUGAUUUCGAUGGGACGCUUACCAAGUACUCGAUCAACGGUCGACGUGGACAGACUAGUCAUGGGUUGUUGCAGCAGGGGAAUACUGAGUAUGAUGAGAAAAGGCAGGCAUUGUAUGAUUAUUAUCAUCCGUUGGAGUACUCGCCGACGAUUCCGAUCGAAGAGAAGACUAAGUUGAUGGAGGAAUGGUGGGAGAAGACACAUGGUCUUCUCAUUGAGGGAGGUCUGACCUUUGAUGCUAUUAAGAAAUCCGUGGCAGAUGCUACAAUUUCUUUUAGAGAUGGUUUGGUUGAGCUAUUCGAAUAUUUGGAGGAGAAGGAUGUGCCCGUACUAAUAUUUUCUGCAGGACUCGCAGAUAUUAUAGAAGAGGUCUUCAGGCAGAAACUUCAUAGAUCUUUUAAAAACGUCAAGGUUGUAUCUAACAGAAUGGUAUUCGAUAAUAAUGGUCGUCUUAUAUCCUUUAAAGGGAAGACAAUUCAUGUCUUGAACAAAAAUGAGCAUGCCCUUGAUAUGGCCGCUCCAGUUCAUGACAAAUUAGGCGAUCCAAAUGGAUCUGUAGAUGACUACACCAUGGUGAAGAAUAGGACAAAUGUGUUACUCCUUGGUGAUCAUAUUGGAGAUCUUGGCAUGUCUGAUGGUCUGAAUUAUGAUAAUCGGAUUUCCGUUGGUUUCCUAAAUGACAAUAUAGAGAAGUCCAUUGAGAGCUACAAAGAAGCAUUUGAUGUUGUAUAUCUGAAUGAUGCAUCCAUGUGGGGAGUCGUCGAUCUUGUGUCUCAGCUAUGCCCAUCUAACCAAUGAAUUUCGUAUUGCUUUCAAGUUUAUGUUAUUUCAAAAUCUGCAUGGUUGUUGAUAAAUCUACUCAGAGGAAGAUAAAGCAUGCAGAAGUUGCGUCAAAGCUGAACCUCGAAGCAAAAAAGCUUUUUCUGUAGUUAGAGGAAGCAUUCACCUGAACAAGGCAAAUACUUGUUCUAUAGAAAUAUUGAUGGUGUUUCCAAUGUUGAUUUCAUAUUCAAUUUAUGUAUGCAUGUAAGCUCCAGCAGCUUGCUCUUCUAUUAUGGCAUCUUACUGUUUCAAGGAAUAAUGAACGCGACAAAAUGAUAAAUUUUUGGUUCCUUGUC